AUUUGAUCUAAUUAUAGAAAAACGAAAAAAAAAAUUAAAAAUACAAAUAGGUGUAGAAUUUCUUUUAGAGAAAGAAAAUGCCAGGAAUAACAAUUGGAGAUACAGUGCCAAAUCUUGAAGUGGAGACAACUCAUGGCAAAUUUAAGCUCCAUCACUACUUUGCCAAUGGAUGGACUAUUCUCUUCUCCCAUCCAGGUGACUUCACACCAGUAUGUACGACUGAACUAGGAGCCAUGGCAGCUUAUACCGAGGAGUUUAAGAAAAGAGGAGUCAAGCUUUUGGGUCUUUCUUGCGAUGAUAUUGCAUCUCAUAAUGAGUGGAUCAAAGACGUUGAAGCCUACUCUGGAGGACACAAAGUAACGUACCCAAUAAUAGCAGAUCCAAAACGAGAGAUAAUAAAACAGCUGAAUAUGGUGGAUCCUGAUGAGAAAACUCCCAAUGGUCAACAACUCCCUUCACGUGCCUUACACAUAAUUGGUCCUAAUAAUAUGGUGAAGCUAAGCUUUUUAUACCCGGCAUCAACCGGAAGGAACAUGGAUGAAAUUGUUAGGGCGUUAGACUCGCUACAGAAAGCGGCUAAACAUAAGGUGGCGACUCCUGUUAAUUGGAAACCGAACGACAAGGUUGUGAUAUCACCAAGCGUGAACGACGAUGAAGCCAAGAAGAUGUUUCCACAAGGAUUUGAGACCGCUGAUCUUCCUUCUAAAAAGGGAUACCUUCGCUUCACGCAGGUGUAACUUUACCAAUAAUCACAUAGCAAUGUUCUUGCCUCCUAAACAACUAAUAAUAAUGUUCGUACGAGCUAAAUAGUUUUUCUUAUAGUGAAGUGUAAGGAGAAUAUACUUGUGUUUUGUAAUGUGAAACCGAACUAUAAGAACAAUGUUCGUGUUUUUGUAGUUGGCCCGGCUAUUCACUAUAUACGAGUGCGCGGGUUAGUGUUUUUGUAUGUACGUGUGUUGAAUGUUACUAUGUUAGUA